AUGGGACCCGAUAUGGUGUUCACUCCACUCUUCCUGAUAAAGUGCAUAUUCCUAAGACUCUUCUGGCUCUCCUCGUCUAGAUCCCUGCACAUUACAGCCCUCGAACCAUGUUUGAGCCAGCAGACGCGCGACAUGUUCCUCGCUCGCGGGAUGGCCCUUCGCAAUUCCCCAGCCAACACGCUGCAACUUAACGGCAAAAUCGAAAGCUCCAUCCACACUAAGGUAACUACACUAUUGUUGAUCGACUCCCUUCAGCCUGUCGCUCUCUGGGCGGACACCAUAGCUCAUGCGGAUACGAUUCGUAAUGAGAAUUCAGAUGCCAACGAACAUAUCCAUUCUCUUCCGAUAAGUGGCAUGGUGCCACUGUCCCACGUUUCCCAGACGCACGCUACGGAUGCGUGGUCAUGUUCAAACUCUCGGGUACAACUGCCAACACUGCGCAUAAGUAUUGUUCCCUUGCUAGCUUUGGCGUUUUUCUCGGCCGUGAACCUCAUUGUACCCCUGACACCUGAAAGAUACAAAACUUUGCAACGCAAUGUUAACUCUAUUCCAGGGAUGUCAAGUGCCUCCCUGAUGAACUUCCCCAAUGGAACGCUUCCGGAAAACGUUGCACGCGUUCCACAAAUCCUUCGGGCUACGUCAUCCCUACAGAGUGGUAUAAUUUUGAUUCUUCCCUCACUGCGUCAGUGCCCCAUGUUCCAACCAUUCCUCCGGCUGUUGCCACACCUCCACCUAUUCCCGUCGUCGAUGCGUCCUCCUCUACGUCCCCACAAGGUGUAA